UAAUUUGUCAGUUUCGGAAGGCUGACUUAUCUCAUUUUAUCGCUUCGCUGUUUUAAAGUCAGUGUAUAUUCAUUAUUGCAAUUUAUUAAUCAGUUUAUUUAUUUAUACCAUGAAGUACGACAAAAACGUCAUGAGAUUUGAAUGUGUUGCCAUUGCCACUCAAUCUGGCUCGAAAUCGAAACUUAACAGCUGCUGCCCUAUGUAACAAGCAGAGAAAUAAAAGAGAGAAGGAAAAGGAGAAAGGGUGAUGCUUUAUUCUUGAGACUUGGGACUUAAGAACAGUUGUUUGUUUAACUUGACUUCAUAGUAAUCACUGUCAGGAAAGGAUCAAUCCCUAGAACAGAAAUCGAACCUGAAACUCACAGAAGUGAACACAAACAUAUGUUCCCUAUUAAAAUGGAUAAACCACUGUGUUCACCAAGUCAUACUUGCUCAGGAGAGCCCCCUGUAGGCUGUAAUGACACUACAUCAGGUCUUGUAGACACCAAAGUUCAGGGGAAAACUGGGAAGAAGAAAAAGCAAAAAAAGAGACAAAGUGCCACAUCCCAAAUGAAAACAGCCAGUGAGUGCUCUCAGGUCACUGUUGAAGAGCAGUCAUCACCCUCACAACACCUGCCUGAGCGCCUCGAAAACAGGUCUGCAGGAUCAAAGCACAAAAAGAAUACCCGAAAAACAAGAAAUCAAUCUAUUUCACCUGCAACUUCUCCUGCAAGUUCCUCUCAUCAAGAUAAAACCCAGAGUGCACAGCAAACAUCAGCUCGCUUUACCUGUGACCAGUCAACCCAGACAGAGGCUUCCCAGCUCCAGUCUGUCCAAACACAGUCAACACAAACCCCUCCGAUCCAGGAUAUACACACACCAUCAACAGAAUGCAAGUCCACCCAGACAAUACAGUCUAGUUUUUCCUUGCAACAGGCAUACUGGGGAAGAUCUUUCACAGAACAGUCAGCUGAUGAGCAGAAAACUCAGUCCAGUCAUCUGACACUGAUAUGCUGGAAUAUAGAUGGUCUGGAUCCAGAUAAUGUCUUUGAGCGGGCCAAAGGUCUGCUUUCACACUUAGGAAAGUACCGUGCAGAUGUUGUACUGUUGCAAGAGCUGGUUCCUGUUAGUUGGAAGAUUUUAAAGAACAUUAUGAAGGAUUAUCAGUUUUUGCAAGGCAGUGAAGAUGGCUAUUUCACUGGCAUUUUGCUCAGAAAGGACAGAGUGCAAUUCCUCCAGAGCAAUAUUGUGAAGUACCCCACCACAGAGAUGGGUAGAAACCUGCUAAUAGCACAUGCAAGCUUUUUAGGCCAUCCACUAUGCAUUAUGACAUCUCAUCUGGAGAGCUGUAAGGCAAGCUCUCAAGAACGCUUGAAUCAGCUGCGGAGAGUCUGGAAAUGGAUGAAAGAGGCUCCACAGGACCACACAGUUAUAUUUGGAGGAGAUACCAACCUUAGAGAUUGGGAGGUAAAGAAGCUCGGUGGGCUGCCGGAUGGUAUCUCUGAUGUGUGGGAGAUGCUGGGGGAACCGGAGGAAAGCAGAUACACCUGGGACACAUCCAUCAAUGAUAACAAUGAAAUCCCUAAUUCUAUACGCCUGAGAUUUGACAGACUGUUCCUCAGAGCAGCUGCAGAGGGUGCCAAACUACGGCCAGAAAGCAUGACCCUGAUUGGUCUGGAGAAGCUGAAGUGUGACUAUUUCAUCAGCGAUCACUGGGGCAUCCUUUGUACUUUCAUAUUUGGAGCAUCAGAAGAGCAGUGUGUCACUGACUGAUUUUUUUUAAUGGCCUGCACUUGAUUAUAUGAAUGGGUUGUUAAAGGGACAGUUCACACAAAAAUGAAAAUUCUGUCAUUAAUUACUCACCCUCAUGUCGUUC